AUGCUCCAGGACUGUGGUCACUCAUCGAUGCCAGGCUCGACUGCUGUCGUCAUUGACAACCUCGAACCUACCUCAAUUCCAACUGCUUCUGUUGCUCAGGAUAACUGCCGCCAGCCCGACGAAGAUAUUCAGCCCUCCCACCAGAACGCGGUGGACACUCCUCCAACACCCUCAUCACAGAUCACCGAUACAUUAACUCCAUUGGCGGAGAGAAACCGUCUUACCUCUGCGCAUACAUCUUUCCACCGUCGGGCAAACACUGAAAUUAUUCGCCGGCAACCCCACCUAUCGGUCAAGCAGCUCUUUGCAGACCAGCCCAAAACAUUCGAAGACUUAGUCGACGGAGACAGGUCCUCGAGUCCGGCGUUGGAGAAUCCUACUAGAAAGACACUCGAAGUAGGCGCGAGACUCUUGUCGGGUUGGUUUCAGGGCAAGUCGGAGCCGGUGAAUCUGACCAUGGUGCCCCAGUCGGCGGACCAGGAUGCCCUGGGAUUGGCACCCUCCGGGGCAUUUUUGAAUCGUGCAUCAAAGCGGGCCUCUUCGCCACUCAAACAAGUUACAUCGACGAAUCCGUUCAACUUCUUUGCCUUCAAGCGCCCGGGAGAGGGUCGACCGGAGCUUCCCGAACCUGCAGAUGAUGAGAUUCUCAAUAUGGACAUAACUGCUGCCUUGUUCCCACCAGAGUCACUCGAUCUCGACGGACAAGAAGCGUUCAGUGCCUUACGAACCAACGCCGAUAACCUCCUUAGACGGCUGCAGGCAGCCUAUAAGGAAAGGACUUUUGCCCUGCACGAAGCCUUGGCGGACAAGAACGAGAAGCAGGAAGAACUGGAAGAGACUCGAACGCGGGUUGGACACCUGAAGGUCCAGCUUGAUGGUAUGGCGGAGAAAGUGCUCCACCAGGAGAAGGCCAUGAAGGCCAUGGCCGAGGAGCUCGAGCAGGAAAGGCAACUGCGCCGGCGAGAAGACGCGCGUCGUCGCAGCGUGAUGCUUGUUCGGUCGAGUGACGAAGAGAGCCUUUCCGACGUCGGGGCUGAAUUGCAGACACCGAAACGCAGUCUGAAGCGAGCCAGCAAUGGCACUUACACGAGUGAUUCGGGCUUCGACUCUGGCGACGAGAGUCUCGCGGAAAGUAUCUUCUCUCGCCGUGAUGGCCUCGAAUCCCCGACGCCAACGAUCCCACCGUCGCCGAACAUAUCUCAAAUUGCUUUAUCUGUCCCUACGUCGACCACUAUACAGCCGAGCACAAAAGAGUCGAAACUGGCUCAGGCGCCACCGGUGCGUCAGUCUACGUACGAUCGCGUGCUGAAGGGACUUGCCUCUACGGGUAUCACUAGUUCGUGGAUGGGUCACACGUCCAAAUGUAAUAUCUGCCAUGGCGUCCCCGCCUCGGAGGCAUGGGGCGUCCUCGGCGUUAUCAAGGAGGAGAAUAGAGGCCUGAAACUACGGCUGAGCGAGCUCGAACUGGUUGUUGAUGAUUGUCUUAGUCUUGUUGGAUCUUGA